AAAAAUGAAAAAAAUAAUAAGACCAUUGAUUGGUUUGAUUCAGAGAUCCUUUUAAUCGGCGGCAUAACGUAUUGAUGAUUAAUAGAUUUCGAUUAGCUGUGCCAUUCGUGGGAACACAACCAUUCAUCAUUUCAAAACACAGGAAUAUCAUGGCAUUAUAUGAUUUGGCUCCUGAAAUAGGGAGUCAACACUUCAUUGCUUCUACAGCCACAGUCGUCGGCGACGUAGAAUUGGCAUCUCAAUGCGUGGUUUGGUAUGGUGCAGUCCUAAGAGGAGAUCUCAAUGGAAUCAGGUAAUGAAUCCAAAUAGCCUAGAAUCUUGAAUCGAGUCAUCAUAGGCGAAAGAUCAGUAUUGCACACUGCAGCAUCAUUACCAAAUGGCAUGCCAGCUGUGUUAAGCAUCGGAAAUAAUGUCAUGGUCCAAAAUGAUUGCACUCUCUACUCCUGCACUAUUGGCGAUAAUUGUUUCAUUGGCUACAGAUCCAUCAUCCUUGAAGGAGCCAAACUAGAAGACGGAGCAGUCUUGGCACCUGGAACUGUUGUACCACCUGGAAGACUCAUUCCUAGUAAUUAAUUAUGGGCAGGCAAUCCAGCUCAAUAUGUGAGAGACGUAGAAGAAGUACCCCCAUUUAUAUGAUAACAAUAUAGAAAGACUUGAAUCAAUUAUCGUAUGUGAUAGGCAAUCAAUUUGCUAUAGCCAGAGAACAUGAUUACGAAUAUUUACCUUACAAUAGUGCAUACUUGCAGAAAGAAAACUCUCCAGAAGAUUCCAAUCCAGAAUUGGUUGCUACCCUAAGACAAUACGAAGACUGGGAAGAGGGAUAGGUCAAAUUAUGAGACAAAUUUAUUAAAUCAUAAAGAAGUAUAAAAUAAUUAAUAUCA